CAAGUGAAGCGCAUAAAACCAUGUCCAUAUACGCGGAUGUAAAAAAGGGGCCGGCAAUUGAGGUGUUUGCCCUCACCCAAGCCUUUAAGGACGAUUCAAAUCCAAACAAAGUCAAUUUAUCAGUGGGUGCCUAUAGAACAAAUGAGGGACAGCCUUGGGUUCUGCCCGUGGUUAGGAAUACCGAAAAAAAUAUUGCCAGCGAUGAGAACAUUAACCAUGAGUAUUUGCCAGUGACUGGUCUGGAUACAUUCACAAGUGCCGCAACGCAAUUGGUUUUGGGUGCCGAUUCCAUAGCUCUUAAGGAGAAACGUGCCUUUGGUGUCCAGACUAUAUCUGGAACUGGUGCCUUGCGUGUGGCCGCUGAGUUUUUGUAUCAGCAAUUGAAGCGUAAUGAUGUCUAUUAUUCCAAUCCCACGUGGGAGAAUCAUCAUAAGAUCUUUGCGGAUACGGGAUUCACUAAAUUGCAUUCGUAUCGCUAUUGGGACCAGAACAAACGUCAAUUGGACUUGAAGGGGAUGCUGGCUGAUUUGGAUCAGGCUGUUCCCGGAUCAGUGAUCAUUUUGCAUGCUUGCGCCCACAAUCCUACUGGAAGUGAUCCCACCCAAGAACAAUGGAAGGAAAUUGCCGAUUUAAUGGAGCGCAAAAAACUUUUCCCCCUCUUCGAUUCAGCAUAUCAGGGUUUCGCCAGCGGCGAUCCUGACCGUGAUGCCUGGGCUGUACGUUAUUUUGUGGAUCGCGGCUUUGAGCUGUUCGUGUGUCAAUCGUUUGCUAAGAAUUUCGGUCUAUAUUGCGAGAGAGCUGGCAAUUUGACUAUCGUGCAAAAGAAUGGAGCCACACGUGAUGCCAUUCACUCCCAAUUGACUUUGAUCAUCCGUGGUUCUUAUUCGAAUCCUCCUGCUUAUGGUGCACGCAUUGUGUCCAAGGUGUUAAACACUCCCGAAUUGCGGCAAGAGUGGAUGGGCUGCAUUCAGUCGAUGUCCUCACGAAUUCGCGAGAUGCGCCAAGCAUUGCGCAGCAAACUUGUGGAAUUGGGCACUCCUGGUACCUGGGAUCACAUUGUCAAUCAAAUCGGAAUGUUCUCCUAUACUGGUCUGAAUGAGCAACAAGUUCGCAUUCUCAUUGAUAAAUAUCACAUUUAUUUGCUCAAGACCGGACGUAUUAAUAUGUGUGGUUUGAAUACGGGAAAUAUUGAUUAUGUAGCCAAAGCUAUUCAUGCUGCUGUCACUUCCGGUUCGGCUGCUUCAUGCCAUUGCGAAAACAAAUUGUAAAAACAACGAUUGCAGUUAAUAAUAAAUACAUACUCGUAGCCAGGUCCACUUAUUGUCAGCACAAUUAGCAUUUAAAUGAAACUGCAAAUGUUAAAAAGCAACCAAAAGAAACAUUUAUAUACGGCUUUUAUAUACCAUAUAUUGUAUACAAUUAUAUACUUAUGUAGUUUGUGUUUUUUAGAUGUAUACGAAAUAGCCGGGAGAACUUGUUUAAAUAUUAGCAUUAAAUCACAUUAAUUUGUGCGUAGAACUCAAUUACAACGACAAUAAAAAAGCAUUAAAGUAUUGAAA